GUGUAUAUGCGGAGCUGUGUACGUGUGCCCGCGUGCGUGUGAUGGCCUCACGCGGGGAGGGUGGUGGUGAUGCCACAGGUCUUGAGCAAUCGUCACCAUCCUCUUCCUCCAGCCCCGCCUCCCCUCUCAUCGCUCCGCUCUGGGGAAGAGCGAAUUCGCCUCUGAGUUUUCGUCAAAGGAGGAGCGCAGCUGGGAGAGGUUUGGGAGAGUUCGUCGAGGCGAGGCACUCUGAGCUGGGUUGUCUUGUCUCGCCUGGAGGCCCCGUCAGCUCCACGCUGCAAGCUGCGAUCUCCACGGCGCCAUCUGCUAGGACCCCCCCCCUCCCAGCUCCCUGUUACUGGGAACUGUCUCGGCCCCCCGCGCCAGACACAGGGGUCCUGCGCAUUCCGCGCGCUCUGCGCCGAGGGCUUCUGUCCAAGGAACCUUUGGGGACCGUUCCCUACGUCUGGGCCGCGUUGGCGGGAGCGCUGGGAAUGGCUGUGAGGUUUCGGAAGCUUCUGGCGGCCGCGAUGGUGGCGGUCGCUUUUUCUGCUGUCGUGGCCACGGAGGAUGAAGCUUGUGGGGGCAAGUUGUCAGCCGGUACCCCAGGGUACAUCACGUCCCCCGGAUACCCCAAGGAUUACCCGCCACACUUGGUGUGCCGGUGGGAGGUACAGGCCCCGCAACGCGACCAGCGCAUUUCAGUCACCUUCAACCCACACUUUGAUGUGGAGAAGACUUCGGAAUGUCGGUUUGACUAUGUGGAGGUCCGGGAUGGGCGAGACACCAACGCAGAAGUUCUGGGCAAGUUCUGCGGGAACAUCCCCCCCUCGGCACUCGUCUCCUCGGGCCCGGUGCUCUACAUCCACUUCCAGUCGGAUUAUUCCACCCAGGGCGCUGGCUUCUCACUGAGAUUCGAGAUACAGGCCACAGAUGAAUGCUCGCACAUGUUCACAGCUCCUAAUGGCUCGUUGCAGUCUCCGGGCUUCCCUGAGCCCUACAAGCACAAUCUGGAGUGCACCUACAUCAUCAAGGCCUCCGUGCCUCGCUCUGAGAUUGUUCUGAAGUUCCACACAUUCCUGCUGGAGGGAGACCAGCCUGGCACGGCUGGGAUACCAGUGGAUGCCACGGAGUGUCGCUACGAUCGCCUGGAGAUCUGGGAUGGGCCCCCACGUGGGGGCCCCCUGCUGGGCCGGUUCUGUGGAGCAAUGUCUCCUGGCGAAGUGCGGGCCUUCUCGGGAAUCCUGUCUCUCUCCUUCUACACCGAUGGAGGAAUCGCACUUGACGGGUUUUGGGCGACAUACCGGGUCAUCCCGCGGCGUAUCAUCGAGUCCGUGCAGUGUAACCAGCCGCUGGGCAUGGAGUCGGGCAAGGUGGAGGUCGACCGCAUCGUAGCCUCCUCGACGCACAGCAGCAGAAUGUGGCAGCCUUGGCAGGCUCGCCUGCACAACCCCAUCAAUGGGUGGACGCCCAGCAGAGAUGAUCCGCGGGAGUGGAUACAGGUGGAUCUGGGGUCAUUGAAGCUGUUGAGUGGCGUGGCUACACAGGGGGCCGUGUCGCAUGAAUCACAGAUUGGCUACUUUGUCAGCUCCUUUCGACUGGAGGUCAGCAGCUUGGGAGCUGACUGGACAGUGCUCAGAGGGAGCAGAGCCGUGAAGGCAUUUGCUGGGAAUGUGGACGCCACGUCUGUGGUGGAGAACCGACUGGCAGAGCCUGUGCUGACCCGCUUCGUUAGAAUUCGUCCACAAACCUGGGAGGGAGGCAUCGCCCUGAGGUUCGAACUGUAUGGCUGCAGCCUGGCAGACUUCCCCUGCUUAGAGACGCUGGGCGUGGGGCAGGGCCACGUGCCGGACAACGCUCUCUCGGCCUCGUCACAGUGGAGCCCUCCGUGGGGAGCCCACGCCGCUCGCCUGCUGGCCCCCCAACGAGGCUGGGCUCCGCACAUGGCUGGGCUAUUCUCAUUUGACGAGUGGCUGCAGGUGGACUUGGGCAGCCUGUUUACAGUGCGAGGGGUGAUUCUUCAGGGAGUGCGUGGGGAUCUGGUGAAUCGGAGUGGGAAUGAUGAUGCCAGUCAGGGCACUCAGGACAAGCCGGAGGGCCCCCUGUUUGUGAAGAAAUUCCGCGUGGGAUUCAGCGAAGACGGAGACACCUGGCACAUGGUCACAGAUGACGAGUCUUCGCAGCCCAAAAUUUUUAAUGGUAGCAGCAAUGUCGAUCUGCCGGAGAUGCGCAAGUUCGAGCCCGUGGAGGCGCGGCUGGUGCGUGUGUACCCGGAGCGGUGGUCCCCGCACGGCAUCGGCUUGCGUCUGGAGCUGCUGGGCUGCCAGUCUCUGGAUAAUGGUGAGGAUGAGGUGGACCCAGGUCAGCCAAAGAAAGAUGGCCCUCCUGGACCGGAGCCUCCCUACAGCCUUGACAACGACCCAGGUUCGUAUGAUGCUGGGGAGACAAUUGCAAAUUAUACAGAGUUCCACAUCCCAGCAAGGAGUCAAGACGACAGGGAGGAUGGUGAUGGGGUCAUCCUGGAAGGGUGGGGACCUGGCUCAGGGGUCCCCGGAUUCAACUGCGAGUUUCAUCUGGGCGCGGAUGGAGGGAUGUGCAGCUGGAUUCAAGAUGACCAGGCUGACCUUCACUGGCUGCUCGGAGAUGCAGAAGUCGAGGGGGAGGAGGAGGACAUCCACCAUGACAAGGGAGAUGGAUGCGUGUGGAUCAACACUCUGGGAAGGGCUGCGGGUGAGCGAGCACGCCUGCUCAGUGUGCCGCUGCCCUCUCAUGCGCAGCCUCGCUGCCUCGCCUUCCGCUACCGCCUGCACGGAGACACGCUGGCCACCAGCGCCGGAGUGGACUCGCUGCGAGUGCUGACGCGCACGCAGACUCCCAUGGGCAUGCGGGAGCAGCUGGUGUGGAGCCUGACCGGUGUCCAGGGGCGGGAAUGGAGAUUGGCACAUGCCGUCUUGCCAAUCAACUACGGCCCUUACCAGGUUCUCAACAAUCUCUUCAGUGACAAAAGCAGUGUCAUCUGACCUGGCAUGGAACGGUCGUGACUAAUCUAGCUAAGGGAGCAGACAGCAUGUCUGCAUGCUGUAGGACUCGGUACACCAUAUGUUUCCUCUCACCAACCACCCCUCCUACUGUCUCUCUUCCUAAGCUCUUAUAACCUCUUGCUUCAUUCAAGAAACGUGUUGACUAUUUAUGUAUUACAACUUUGAUUGUGCUAUUUGGCUGCUUGACGUACUGGGCCUUUGGGGCCUGUGUGUCUUAGUUUAUGUAUCUAUGUGUGUAGCUGUGUGUGCCUGUGUAUAUGGCAGUGUAUGUGCGGGUACCUAGUGUGAUAAACAUCGUCACUAGGGAGACAAAGGCGGCUGGGCGUGGUGCUGGUGACCCACCCCCUCAUGUGCUAUGCCGGCCUUCAUAGGCGCUUGCUCACAGCACUUGCCGCAACAGUCUGUUUUUGUAUAUGUCUGUGCAUGUAGUUCCAGAUCUUUCUGGAAUAUCUGGACACAUUCCCAUCAGUGAGCUCCAGUAGACGAGACUGUUGGCUGGGUUAUGUACCCCACAUGCUCAUCCACCGUGUGCCCAAGCAGCUUUUGUUUGGCCGGAUAUAGGGGGCUAACGGGCAUGACGCGGGCUAAAUAAGAAAUAGACUGAUGUGGUACAGGAGGAUAUGGAGUUGAGUGAAAUUACCAACGACUGGUACAAGCAGUGUCAAAAUCAGCCUCGAUAUAGAAGGUUUGUGAAAGACGCUACUAGGCAGUUGGAGGCACUCACCCUUCAACAACAAUAGAGGGUGGAGGGGCAAUGCUCACAACAAUGAGCUGAGCGCCAGGUGGCUUAAAUUCAGCAAGCUGCCACAGUGGGGAGCACAGUUUGUGCAUCUGCCAGUCAUCUCAGUCAACUUGUAGCACUUGAGUUUGGUCCAUGACCUGCUGCCAGUGAAUCUUUGAUGCUUCACAUGGCCUCAAAGUGCACCUAAAAACUAAACUAAACUUUUUAUUUGACCAGGCAAGGGAGACUGAGCUAUAUAGCUCUUCUUCAGAGCUAUAUACAGUGAG